AAGUUAUUGCUGUCUAGUUCGUUUAGCCGUUUCGCUGGAUGCCGGUUGGCUAAGGUGAUGUGCGUAAAGCAAGGAUUGUGUCUUUCUGUUAACGAAGCGCACUCACCUUGUUCGCACAAGCGUAUCCCCUCCACUCCCUGUAACAGUCCUUGUUCCUCAUGUGAAUACCUGACUUUAUCACGAGUUAGGCAACAACGUCUUCUUGCCUUACAGCUGUGUUAUUUUGCAGCAUAUGCCACACAUCGAUCCAGGAUUAUUUGGUGACCUAAAUUCCUCGAGCUCUCUUGGAGACUCGAACUACUCCAUUAACACUCAAAAAGUCAACAGAACUCAUUAACACCGAUGCCGGUGACUAUAUCUGUCCCGGAAUUUCCUGAGCUAUGCAUCACUGGUACUCCAAUUAAGUUGACAAUGACCUAAACCGUAAUGUGAGUUUCUGUCCUAUUGGAGGCAGGUAUUUGUGCAGGAUGGCUUGUACUUUACAGUCAUUGUCCGUUGAACGACUAUAGUAUAUUGGCCAGAGUUUGCUCUUUACUGUGGUAAUGUAACCUAACGGCGUUUUUGCCGGACGCUUGUCUCAACUGCAACCUAGUCGGAGCCUCCGAAUUCAAAGCAGGCUUUGCAUGCGUAUACAAGGCAUGUUUAUGAACUCAGUCUUUGAACUUGCUUGAUUUACAACUUUCACGUGGGCUGUUUCUGGAUCUGAAGCACAACCUCAGGGUCAUCGAAAAUUCUAGCCUGCGCAGGGUACUGUGUAUUGUAGCUGACGGACGACUCGGAAAUAAGGUAUGCAUAUAAAGGCGAACUUCGUAACGAGCCACAUGUCCGAUUGCUAGCCUGAGCUGGGUUUCAUUACCAUCUGGAAAGUACUCUUUCUCCGAUGGCUUACACGCUGGCAUAAGAGGAAGGAAGAAACUGUGCUACGAGAGGGUUUCAUUUGAGACACACUCAUUGCAAUGGCCACGACACCGACUGUAUUGCCGUUAAAUGCCGACUUCACGGCGUACCGAAUACUGUUACCUGUCAAGGAUAAAGAAUUUGUUGUAGGAAUACACAAUGUGGAGGCUGGGAAGACCCUGUGCAAUGCGAAUCUAGAUUGCUGUGGCAAUCUCCUCUCACUGCUUACUGGAUUUGAGCACAUCGUACAUGAGAGAAUGAAACAGAGUUCGGACGUGACAACGUUUGUUGAGGAGCUUAAGGAUGUUCUGGAACAUAUCUUGAUUGCCCAACCUCAGGUGAAGUUACCAUUGGCGGAGUUUUACGUGCGCAUUUAUUCUGAGAUAGAAGAGAUCGGUUGGGAACACGUCGCAUGGAUCGCUCCAAAUUUCAUGUCCAUCCAUCUUCGGUUCUUUGACGAAGCAAAACGGGAGCAUCUCGUGCAAAUACAACUAUCGUCGGACUAUCCAGAAAGAGAGCCUUCGUGCAAUGCUGACCUCCCCAUUGCGGUGGAAGUACAGUGGCGAGCAGGAGGUCGGUUGAAAGACAUUCUUUCUCAGUUUGAACAGGCUGCGGAGAAGUUUCAAGACUUUUGGAUUGUAAUGGAAGAUAUUGACAAGCAUGUGUGGGUGAUGGAGCCAGAACAUCCCUCUCGCUCAAAUUGCUUCCGCCGAAUUGCUCUCGGUGGUCACUGCUCGUUGUGCAUCACCGUUGAACCGUUGUCACCUCGAGUGCUACCGGAGUACCGUUUUUUUGGAUCGGACACAUCAGUUGACCCUCUUCGACAACGAAUGUCCAGCAAUAUGGACUGCUGGAGGAUGGAGAGGCUCGUCAGAGAAAAUUUGGAGGAUUUAUUAGAUGUGACAUUCCCAUCCCCGCAAGAUUCUAACCGUGAUGAUGUCAGUUCAGAAUGUAUCAUCUGCUACAGCUAUCGGUUACUUGAUGGAAAAGAGGGUGCUAGCGAAAGAGGCAGUGUACCAGAUCGUGUUUGUGACAAUGGGAGCUGCGGACGACCGUUCCAUACUUCAUGUCUAGCUGAGUGGCUUCGUUCUUUGCCUACCACACGACAGUCCUUCGACGUGUUGUUCGGCUCUUGUCCCCAUUGCUCACACCCAAUCGUUGUAAAAUGCUCCAUUUCUUGAUUCGUGUACUAGUGGACAAGCUCUCCUACAUGCAUGUGCUACUGCCAACGGUGUAGCCAACAUUAAGUUCAAGUGAAGGAACCUUGCAAGUGUUUCUGUAUCAGGGGCGCUACAAAGCUUCUGGAGGAGUUAUUGCUGUUCAUGCUUAUGUGAGUUCUGGCUUCACAGUUAGUGGUAGUUAUAUCUACAUUAAUUUUGUAAUAUGUCAAAUUAUACUGUUAGGCAAUCUGGUACCAAUCUUUCGUUGGUGCCAUUACAUCAGUACUCUCGAUAUAUCGAUGAAUUAGAGGAUCUUCCAGUGUAGCGGCGAAUCCGAAAGGAUUACCCAGCUGGGCUUGUCUCUGGGCUAUUCAUAUUCGCACUGCAUGAAGUAAAACUGCCAAACUUUAGUGGCAUUACUUUACUCGGAUAA